GUCGAUUCACUCAUCCCUUGUUCUGUCACUGUUCACAGCAAGAGUCAGCGGGCGAUCACCCUUUGAAAACCGUUCCUGUUAAAAACGCAAUGACCUGGCAGCUCGUCCCGUUCUUCUGAUGAAACUUCCCAAAAUGCUCAAUGAGGUUUCACCUGUGCUAAAAGAUGGCGGAGUCGGAUGGUGUGGCGAUUUCAACGACACAUUCACAGAGCAGUAUGGCUAGCAAGAAUAGCACCCUGCGCUGCACAUUUUCAGCCCCCAGCCACAGUGCCACCCUCCUCCAGGGCUUGUCGGUAUUACGGGCUCAAGGCCAACUUCUUGAUGUGGUGCUGGCCAUCAAUGAGGAGCGCUUCCAGGUCCACAAAGCUGUGCUGGCCGCUUGUAGUGAUUACUUCAGAGCCAUGUUCACUGGAGGCAUGAAGGAGUCAAAUCAAAAUACUAUUGAGCUGAAAGGUUUGUCCGCCCGAGGGCUGAAGCAUAUCAUAGACUUUGCUUACAGUGCAGAAGUCACUUUAGAUUUAGACUGUAUUCAGGAUGUCCUUGGAGCAGCUGUCUUCCUCCAGAUGGUCCCUGUUGUGGAGCUGUGUGAGGAGUUCCUCCAGUCAGCGAUGAGUGUUAAGACAUGUCUGCACAUCGAUCAGAUGGCCACCAACUUCAGCUUGUCUUCCCUCAAGGCGUCGGUCGAUGCUUUCACCUUUCGCCACUUCCUGCAAAUAGCCGACGAGGAGGACUUUUUGCACAUGCCCAUGGAGCGCCUCAUCUUCUUUCUGCAGAGCAACAAGCUAAAGAACUGUAGCGAGAUCGAUCUCUUCCAUGCUGCUAUCCGAUGGCUCCAACACGAUGAGUCUCGCCGGGCACAAGCCAGCAAUGUCCUCUGCCAUGUGCGCUUCCCACUCAUGCGUUCAUCCGAGCUGGUGGACAGUGUUCAGACGGUAGACAUCAUGGUGGAGGAUGUGCUGUGCCGUCAGUACCUACUAGAGGCCUUCAAUUACCAGAUUCUUCCAUUCCGACAGCACGAGAUGCAGUCACCACGCACACACAUUCGUUCUGAUGUCAUGUCUUUCAUCACCUUUGGUGGGACGCCAUACACUGACAACGACCGCACAGUGAGCACCAAGGUGUACUAUCUCCCUGACAUUGCUUCUCGCCAGUUCAAAGAGUUGACUGAGAUGGACACAGGGUGCAGCCACGCCUGCGUUGCUGUGCUUGAUAACUUUGUGUACAUUGUCGGUGGGCAGCAUUUACAGUAUCGUAGUGGUGAAGGGGCUGUGGACAGCUGUUUGCGCUUUGAUCCACACUUGAACCAGUGGCUGCGCAUCCAACCAAUGCAGGAGGCCCGCAUCCAGUUUCAACUCAAUGUCUUGAACGGGAAACUUUAUGCCACUGGAGGGCGCAAUCGAUCUGGCAGUCUCUCAUCUGUGGAGCGUUACUGCCCAAAGAAAAAUGAGUGGACCUGUGUGGAGCCAUUAAAACGCAGGACUUGGGGUCAUGCAGGGACUCCCUGUGGAAAAAAGCUGUAUAUCUCAGGGGGUUAUGGCGUCUCUUUGGAUGACAAAAAAACUCUACACUGUUACGACCCGGUGGCUGACCAGUGGGACUUCAGAGCUCCCAUGAAUGAGCCUAGAGUGCUGCAUGCCAUGAUCUGUAGUAGGGAUCGGGUGUAUGCUUUAGGUGGACGCAUGGACCAUGUGGACCGAUGUUUUGAUGUGCUGGCGGUCGAGUAUUACAAUCCGCAAAGCGACCAGUGGACCACUGUAAGCCCCAUGAGAGCAGGGCAGUCUGAGGCUGGCUGCUGCUUACUGGACGGAAAGAUCUACAUCGUUGGGGGCUAUAACUGGCACCUGAACAAUGUCACAAGCAUUGUUCAAGUGUACAACACGGAGACAGAUGAAUGGGAGAGGGAUUUGCACUUCCCUGAAUCCUUUGCUGGGAUUUCUUGUACACCAAUUGUACUUCCACAGACACAUGUCGAAUACCUGACCUCUUGGCUGUGAAAACCUGUGAUGGGCGGUGAGAUUCGUGGCUGGUGAGGCGUUUGACUCCUUUGGAGAAGAGAAUAAUUCAAUAUGGUUCAAUAAAUGUUUUCCAAUUGUUUUCGGGUACUCCCUAGUCCCAUUUAAUUAUUUUAUUAACGAAAAAGCAUUUGUGUCCUUACCCUUUUAUCUGUAUAUGAAGUACAUGCACCCCAUCCUUCUCCAGGAAAUUUCUGAUGCUUUCUGAUGUAAAAGUCUGAUCAUCACAUGUGAGCUUGGUUGGGUAUACAGUAAUCCCUCAUUUAUCAUGGUUAAUUGGUUCCAGACUCGACUGCGAUAAGUGCAUUUCCAGUAGGAUCCCCUCUUUAUGACUGGAAUAUUUUUGUAGUUAUGGCAUAGAAAACCUGUUUACGUUCUUCUAAACACGAUUUUUAACGUCCAGCCCUCUAGACAUGAAAUAACACCCUUAUAGUUACCUUUACAUUCAUAUUACCCAAUAUACAGCAGACGCCCCUACAACGUAAAUAAUCUAUUCCGAGAACCUUUGUGUUACAGGGUUUUUAUGUUAUAUGAAGCGUAAAAUACAUGUGUAAAUAGCCUAAUCCUUUCGAAGAUCUUCCCAAACUCACCCCUUUGGCACUUCAAAAUAUUAAGUCCACCAAAUAUGGUGGGAAAAUAUAACAAGAUGUUAGCAUAAACAUAGUAGAGUAACAAUAUAAUCCAAUAUAAAAUAAGGUAAUAAAUAAGAUUACUAUAAAUGAAUAAAACUGAAAAACCAAAACAAUCUUACCGUUCACGAGAUGUCUUGAUCAGGAGCGCAAGUGGAGGCAGGAAGGAGGAGGAGGACUAGCCUGUGUCGAAACGCAACUCAAAGAGUCUAAGAGUCAGCUGGUCUCACAGACAAACGCAUACGCACUACACGAUAAUGCUGUGUGCAGAAUUUUAAUUUGUAACUUAACUUAAUUACUUAAGUUAGUUUAAGGGCGACUACGAAGAGGAAGGGAGGUUGAAGGGAGAAGCCUGUCUCUCACACAAACUCACGUACCUGCUGUAUAAGUCAGCCAAUGAGAUGAGAGCCUAGGCGGUGCCCCGAUAAUCAGCCAAUGAGAUGAGAUCAUAGGCGGUUCCCCGAUAAUCAGCCAAUGAGAUGAAAGCGGAGGCGGUUCACCGAAAAUCAGCCAAUGAGAGCGUGAAGCGUCAGAAGGCGUCACCAAGUGUUAGUCUGAACUUGCACCGACUUGAGGCAUAAAUAAAAUUGAUAGAAAAAAAAAAAACUUGACUUGACUUGACGCUUUACGUUAUAUAGAAAUUCUUCUGAAAUACGAUGCAAAAACUUUACAUAAAUUCUUUACGUUCAGUGGAAUUUACGUAAAAGGAGGUUUACGUUAUGCGAGGUACUACUGUAGUAGAUAUAAUCAUAGAAAAUAAGCCAUUUAAGGCAGUUUACCUUUUAGGAGAGCAGAAUCGAUGGUGGCCAGGAAGUGACGUUGGGGGUUCAGAGUUGAGUUUUAGCUCGUGUGCUAUGGCCGCAACAGUAACCCAUGUUGUUAUGAUUAUGAUUAUUAUUAUGAUUAUUAUUAUUGUGCCUGUUGUGAGAUAAUUUUAACCUGCAAUAAAAGCCAGUGGUCUGGUGCUUCGGUGGUGGUCUCACCGAACAAUUACUGACACACAGUUACCAAUGUAGAAUACGACAUCCAUAAGUUGUGGUUUUAAUGGCAUAUACUGUAUUUGUAUUUUAGUGCAUUUUGCUAUUCCUAUGUUUAAAAACACAUAAUUUGUGGAAAAAAGUACUUUAAAUAAGCAUGUUUUUUGACUAAUAAUAGGCUGAAGAUCAACCAUGAAGCAGCGAUCAUUUAGUAAUUAAUGUUUGAAAAACCGAGAUAGAGUGAUUAGGCGAUGUUCAAACAGCGUUGUAGCGAGGGAUCUUGGCAGUCACAUUCAUUCAUUCAUUCAGCAAAGCAUAACAAUAUCGUGCAUUUGGCUUGCUUUCCAGCUGAUGCUGGCGCUGUCAAAAAAUAAAACGCUAGAUUUAUGGAAUGAUUGCAGUGACAAACACCUUCCAGUUCACACACACACGACCCCAUCAGGAUGACGUGUGACCUGUGUCCGAUUAGCAAGAAUAAUAAUGUCACACUUACAUUAAAGACAUUACGCAGCCUGUAGAAAGUCAUGUUGUUUAAUAAAUUUAUUCAACAUUAUAUUAUUGGCGAUAUGCUGACAAGGCUGGCGCACUAAGCCGAAAAUAGGCGCUCGUGGCAACCUCAUCAUCGGUUUCUGCCCUCUAUUUGGUCAGGAAAUGUGCAAAUUCAGUGAUUUUACUUAAGAAAAUGUAAAAAAAAAUAAAAUAAAAUUGGAAUCCUACAGAAAAUAUAUGAAUAAUACAGUUCAAUAGACAAAUAAUAUUUAUUUAUACAUUUAAUAUUUAUUUUAUUUUUAUUUUUAUUUUUAAUUUUUAUUUAUUUAUUUUUUUCAUCAUGCCUCACCUGACCGCACUUCCUCUGGUGAAAACUUAGUGUGCACCACGUGAGUUCAUCAACAUCACAAAGUGCUGUAAUUCUCGGCUUUAAAAUGUAUUAUUAGCAUGAAGAGUGUCAUAGAAAUGUGUGAAAUCCUGUUAAGCAAGGUUUUAUGACACGAUUAUAGUAAUGAAUAUAAACUGUUUUGUCUACAUUAGUAUUUGUGCAUCACAUUUAUUACCUGUGGUUUUCUCACAUUUGGUUUUGUACCAUUUGAUAUCCCUGGCAAAUAAAUUUCAUACAGUCAUAUUAUGAGCUUCAUUGUUACUCAACAUUUAUUUUAUUCAUCAGCGUUUAAGUGCGACUCAACUGUGGACCUAAAUGUUGCAUAUUCAGAUUGUAUAUGAUUUUAGGUAUUGAAAACCAUUUGCUGUUUUAAUUUUUGAUAUAUGAUAUAUCUUCAUUUAAUCACAAACCAAAUUCCUAAGAAUACUUUGCAUGCUGCAUCUUUUGGUACAUGGAAAUUCUCGUCACUGUGCAUCAGUGAUGUGUUCCUACUACAUGGUCCUGAACACUAUGUUUUCUGAAGUCCUCUUUGAGCUAUUUAUUGUCUUUGCACAACUCCUCAGUGUGGCUCUGUUGUGGCUGCUACCAUGAUUCAUGUAUGUCCAUGUGAAUGUCAGCUCUUAAGUGCUUUUUGUCUGGUGUAUAUGAAUCAUCCCUGUCUCUUCAACACGGUCGUUGAAGCUUUUGGAUUGUAGUGUUUGUUUUACUAUGGAGGUGAUGUUCUAACCUGCACUCAAAUGACCUGAUGCUUCUUAGCAACUGUCUCAAAUGUUCUUUUUGACUGCAAUGUUGCACUUUUCACUGCAGAGUGAAAUAUGAUUGUUGUACUCGUGUGUCUUUAAGGAAUAUGUUUGAAACUAGCCAUGUUAGGAGACAUCGUACAUAAGCGACUAAGCAUAUACAUUUUAAUGCGGGAUUUGCCCUGUCAGUAAAAAGCACACUCUUUCAUGACAUGCAACACAAAGAGACCUGUAGUCAUGGGAAUGUAAUUACUUGUGUGGCUCUAAGGGCAUCGUUUAUUAAAGUUGU